AAAAUGUUGGCUGGUGACAGUGAGACGGUGUGUGACAGUUCAUUAGCCGUCAAAAAUGGCUGGAGUAUUAUUUCGUGUUAAUUUGGCUAAAACACAAUUGGGCAUAAUUAGCCCAGUUUUUACAAUUAGACAUAACAGCGGUGGACCACCACCACCAGGCACUCCACCUCCACAAACACGUACUAAAUUUGGUCCUCUUAAAGAUGAAGACAGAAUUUUUACAAAUCUUUAUGGACGUCACGAUUGGAGAUUGAAAGGAUCUUUGAAAAGAGGAGAUUGGUAUAAAACUAAAGAAAUCAUUCUUAAGGGAGCUGAUUGGAUCAUAAAUGAAAUUAAAACUUCUGGACUCAGAGGUCGUGGAGGUGCUGGUUUUCCUUCAGGUUUGAAAUGGUCUUUCAUGAACAAACCAGGAGAUGGAAGGCCAAAAUACCUUGUGGUUAAUGCUGAUGAAGGAGAGCCAGGAACAUGUAAAGAUCGUGAAAUAAUGCGACAUGACCCUCAUAAAUUGGUGGAGGGCUGCUUAAUUGCAGGAAGAGCAAUGGGCGCUCGAGCUGCCUACAUUUACAUUAGAGGAGAAUUUUAUAAUGAAGCAUCAAAUAUGCAAGUUGCCAUAGCAGAAGCUUAUCAAGCUGGUUUACUUGGAAAGAAUGCAUGUAAUUCAGGAUAUGAUUUUGAUGUAUUUAUGCAUCGCGGUGCUGGUGCUUAUAUUUGCGGAGAAGAAACUGCUUUAAUUGAAUCCAUUGAAGGCAAACAAGGAAAGCCAAGAUUGAAGCCACCUUUCCCAGCUGAUGUUGGUGUUUUUGGAUGCCCAACUACUGUAACAAAUGUUGAAACUGUUGCAGUUGCUCCAACAAUUUGUAGACGUGGUGGAAAUUGGUUUGCAAGCUUUGGCAGAACACGUAAUUCUGGCACUAAAUUAUUUAAUAUAUCUGGUCAUGUCAACAACCCUUGCACAGUAGAAGAAGAAAUGAGCAUUCCUUUAAAGGAGCUCAUUGAAUUACAUGCUGGUGGUGUGCAAGGUGGUUGGGAUAAUUUGCUGGCUAUUAUUCCAGGAGGAUCUUCAACACCUCUUAUUCCUAAAAAGGUGUGUGAAGAAGCAAUAAUGGACUUUGAUGGGCUUGUUGCAUGCCAAACUUCAUUAGGUACAGCUGCUAUAAUAGUGAUGAAUAAGCAGACUGAUAUUAUUAAAGCUAUUGCACGCUUGAUAAUGUUCUACAAGCAUGAAUCUUGUGGACAAUGCACUCCUUGCAGAGAGGGUAUAUCAUGGAUGAACAAGAUAAUGUACAGAUUUGUAGACGGUAAUGCACGACCUGAUGAAAUUGACAUGUUAUGGGAAAUUAGUAAACAAAUUGAAGGUCAUACAAUUUGUGCUUUAGGUGAUGGUGCAGCUUGGCCCGUACAAGGUUUAAUUCGUCAUUUCAGACCUGAAAUUGAACAACGCAUGGAGAAAUUUAAUCAGCAAAAUGUUAAUCUUAAAGCUUCGUGUAAAAUAUAAAUAUUUAGUUAAAAUUUAGAAUGUUCUAUAAUAAAUUAAUUAUAAUCCUUCAAGCAACUUGUAGAUAUCAAUUCAUUUUCUUAUUUGAAAUCAUUUU